AGCGGAUGUUGUCGUCUUCGCAAGGGCCACAGCCGGCAGCAUGGCGUCGGGUAGCGGGGAGCUUGGUAAUGUAUUCGACCACCACGUUCAGAGGGCUGUAUGCGACUCGCGGGCCAAGUAUCGGGAGGGGCGAAGGCCUCGCGCUGUCAAGGUAUAUACAAUCAACUUGGAGUCUCAGUACUUAUUAAUACAAGGAGUUCCUGCAGUGGGAGCAAUGAAGGAAUUAGUUGAGAGAUUUGCUCUAUAUGGUGCAAUUGAACAGUACAAUGCUCUAGAUGAAUACCCAGCAGAAGACUUCACUGAAGUUUAUCUUAUUAAAUACAUGAAUUUACAAAGUGCAAGAACAGCCAAAAGAAAAAUGGAUGAACAGAGUUUCUUUGGUGGAUUGCUUCAUGUGUGUUAUGCUCCAGAAUUUGAGACGAUUGAAGAAACUAGAAAGAAAUUACAGGAGAGGAAGUCUUAUAUAGCACGAACUACUAAAAAUAAAGAUUAUUACAUGUCAAAGAAGAACCUGGUUACAGAGCAUAACAAAGAGAAGGAAGAUUUUAGACAGGACUUCUAUUCAGAGACAUCUGGAUUUUGUGCAGCCACAUGUGACAAGAACUCAGAUUCUUGUCUUCCCUAUUCUUGUGAAUUGCCUUUAUGUUAUUUCUCCUCAAAAUGUACUUCUUCAUCAGGGGAGCAUGUGGACAGAUCAAACUCCUCUCAGGAUGCUAGCAACCAGCAUUAUAACCACAGUGACUCUUUGCAGAAAAUACCAAUGAAAACUUUAAAAAACUCAGUGGCCUGCCCUCACGCACAGAAGGCUAUUAUUCCUUCAGAGGCAGUUGACAGAUUCAUGCCUAGGACAACACAACUGCAGGAGCGGAAAAGGAGAAGAGAAGAUGAUCAGAAACUUGGAACUUGUCUUGAAACCACAAGUAGCCGUGGGGUUUUGAUUGGCCCUCUGUUACCAGACAUCCCUAAAGCAGAUAUGCAUGAUGACUCAUUGAAUACAACAGCGAAUUUAAUUCGGAAUAAACUGAAAGAGGUAACUUCACCUGUGCCAAAGCCUCCAGAGGACAAGCUGGAAGAUGUGCACACAAGUUAUCCAUUAAAACAAAGAAGAAGGAUAUAGAUUGUCAGUAGCAAAUCAGUAUUUUCUAGGAGACUUUUGUAUUUGUAGCCUGUCAUUUUAAUUCUUGAAGAGAUUUUACGGCUGGUAUUUAUUUAGUGCACUCCUUCUUAAUUCCAUUCAAGCUAUUUUUCUAGUAUAGUUUCAUCUUUUAAAAUUAGUUUGUCAUGGACAAAUUACGUGCCAGCCAAGGAUGCAACUUAAAAAAAGAAAUAGAACUUCUCCAGAAGCUCCACCCAAUGCCUUUGGUUACUCUUACUGGCUAGAAAUAGGCCCAUGCCUAUUCCCACCUGAGGAAUCUAGAAUGGUGAGUGUCUUAGGUUUCCAACUUUGAUGGUUGAGGAAGCAAAAGAGAGUUGUAAAUGGCUGGCUCAUAGCAUUUAACACAAGAUCCAAGGUUGUUCGUUAACAAUAAAUAAAUAAAAUUAGUUAACAUUACUUACUAUAGGAUAUUAUUUUGAUCCACACUUAAUAUCACAAACUGUUCUUAUAACCUUACCCCUCACAUUGCAGUAACUAAAUGUAAGUUAGUUGAAGCAAAGAUAGAAACUUUACAGUAAAAAUAAAGAUAGGCAACCAGGAUCUGUUUCUGAUUUUAAUACAAACAUUAAGUGAUUCAUACUCAAAAACUAGAAUUCAGGAUGUGCCUGAAUGCCAUGGCUUCAAAAUCAAGACAGUUCUGUAAAGUAAAAAACAUAAGCUGUUAGAACAAUCUGAAAUAAGCAUACAUGCUUUAGUUUACCUCUAGGAAGAAUUUACUUGAUCCAUGCAGAAACAAAUCAGUAUUUGUAAAUUCUAGAUUUCUACCACUACUUUUGGCACACCCACAUUUGUAUUAUCAGUGGACCACAUAUUUGGAAAUCCAAGUAUGUCCAGUCUAUUCCCAUGUUUUUACUGAUAAAAAUAACUUGAGAAUGUCCAUACCCAAUAGUGCCUGUUUUUUUCUCCCUAUCCUUAAGGGCCUCUUGCUUAAUGGAUUAAAUUUGCUAUUAAUUAAGAAGGUUCAUCUUCAGUUAUGACCUACUGAUUCAAACUUGCUAGGAUGGCUCUAAAGUGGAUGAUAUUAAAAGAAGCUGUGUACAAGGGGUCUGGACCUACUUCCUUGUAAUUAGAUUUUUUUUUUUUCCUGAAUUUUCAGGUAAAAGGUACAGUAGGGAGCUGAGCCUAGAACGGGAAUGAGCAAGCUACUGUCUGGAUCAAGCUUCUCAGACCAAGGUUCUAUGAAUCUCUACCUCAGGGUCUUAAUAAAAUGCAGAUUCUGAUGGUGGUGGCCAGGGGCUGGCAGGUGGCAGGAAUGGGGAGCUGUUUAAUGAGCACAGAGUUUCAGUUUUGCAAGAUGAAAAGAGUUCUGGAGACUGGCUGCCUAACAGUGUGAGUGUGUGUGAUGCCACUGAACUGUGCACUUAAAAUUAGUUAAGAUGUUAAAUUUUAGGUGUAUUUUACAACUGAAAAAAAAUUCUCUUCCUGAAGGGAGGAGCUGCUAAAUGGUUCUGUGCUCUUGAAUAGGUUCUCAUCUGUCCUGUGUCUGGAGGCCAGCGCUCCUCCCCAUCCCCGCCAGCAAAUACCACAUUUGACUAUAGUUAGAGAAAGACUACCACUGACAGCCAUCCUGGCAAGGUUGAAUCAGUAGGUCAUAACAUGAACCUUCUUAACUAGUAUGUUCAGAGUUUGUUGUGGCAAGAAGAAAAUACUCUGAUUCAGUUGGCUUAGGGUGGAGUCUGAGACUGCCUUUCUCACAAUUUCCUAGAUGAUACCAAUUGUCUCUGGUGUACAGACUACAGAGUAGCAAGGCUGUAGAUAGCUGGGCUACAGAUGAACUUAGGAGAAGCUGAAGAACUGUUGGUGUUCCAGCCAAACCUGAGUAGUUACUCCAAUCCAGUCCAUUAUUCUGUAAUGGCACCUAUCAGUCUCAAAACAAGAAGUCUGACCUUUUCACACAUUGCUUUUUACCUUUUAUUUCUAGACAGAAUUAUAGUGUGGGAAUAAGCUACAGUGGGGCAAGUUAGAGAAACGAGCUGAGAUAGCUUAAUAUUAUGCAAGUUUGUUCACAAAGUCAACUAAAUUACUUCAGAUAAUAAGAUUCUUCCUAUAUUGUAUGUUUGCAAAGCACAGUUGAUUAAAGAA